AUGCCUCGAAGCCGCCCACCCACGACAGGUUACGAGCGCCUGGAACAGGCCGACCACUCCAGCGACGACUCCGACGAUGAUAUUAUGGUGAACAGCUUCGCGUCGCUGCAGCACCCGGCCGCCCCUCGAGGCAAUCAAACGAGCCAGCCACGUCCGCACUCGGGCAUGACCUCGCCACGCGGCUACGGCGCCAGGAGUGGAGGAGGCAAAUCCCGGCCGAAUCGUCGCGGCAGGAGCAAUUCGGGGAUCGAUAUGGGCGCUCUGAACGCGAGGCUGGAGCGCUGGACGGCGGAGAUCAAGGGCAAGUUCAAGAGGGGGAAGAAGGGCCGGCACGGCGAGGAUGACGAGCAGCUCGAGAUCCACUACAGCGUGUUCCAGGCGCCCGAGGGCGUGAGGCCCGCCACCGCGCAGGCCCUGGCCGUGCCGCAGGAGGGUGUCAUGACCAGGGACGAGUUCGAGGUUAUUGUCGAGGGCGUGCGCGUGGCCAUCGAGCAGGGCGUGCACCCGCGCAUGAUCUCUCAGGGCAGCUCGGGGAGCUACUUUGCCCGGAACCCGGACGGCAAGGUAGUAGGCGUGUUCAAGCCCAAAGACGAGGAACCCUAUGCCGCGGGAAACCCGAAAUGGAACAAGUGGAUUCACAGGAACCUUUUCCCUUGCUGCUUCGGCAGGGCAUGUCUCAUUCCUAACCUUUCGUACGUGAGUGAGGCAGCGGCCUACACUCUGGACUGCCAACUGCGGACACAUAUGGUACCAUAUACUGAUGUCGUGUGGCUCUCGUCUAAAUCAUUUCACUAUCCGUUCUGGGAUCGCUAUAACUAUUCCAGAAACAGAAAGCCAUUACCGGAGAAGCCUGGAAGCUUUCAGGUCUUCCUCAAGGGCUUCAAGGAUGCCAAUAUCUUUUUGCGGGAGCAUCCCUGGCCAGAUCAGUACCUCUCAGGGUACCGGACCAACGAAACCCAUCGGAAUAAGCGCAAGGGAUGGGGUGACAACUGCCGCACGAUAACUGGAGGCACUCAAGAUGACGGUGCUGAUGAGGAUGGGCUGAACACGCCAGACCGCAUUCCCGGCCCCGAUAACUUCGUGUGGACCGAGACACUCAAACAGGCCUUCCGAGAACAGCUCGAGAAACUUGUUAUUUUGGACUACAUCAUGCGGAAUACGGAUCGAGGCCUGGAUAACUGGAUGAUCAAGGUGGAUUGGCAGACGCAGGAAGUCUCGAUAGUAUCAGAACCCGUGCAGCUAAACACGGACACGACGGAACAAGAAGAGGGUCCUAGGCCGGUGGACUUGUCGCAGAGAAAACCACAGGACCGCGCUUCGUACCCCUACAAGGUUCAGAAGCCCAUGAAUGCUUCCAGCCCUGGAGAGCGACCAAGAGAUCCGAAGAUCAGCAUAGGAGCCAUCGACAACUCCCUGUCGUGGCCCUGGAAACACCCUGAUGCUUGGCGGAGCUUCCCAUUUGGAUGGUUGUUCUUGCCUGUGGACCUCAUCGGAAGACCGUUCUCUCAGAAGACACGGGAUCACUUUCUCCCGCUGCUUACAUCUACGGCUUGGUGGAGCCAGACACAGCACGCCCUGAGGAAGAUCUUCCAGGUCGAUCCUGAUUUCCAGGAGAAGAUGUUCUCGCGUCAGAUCGCUGUCAUGAAGGGCCAGGCAUGGAAUGUGGUCGAGACACUGAAGACACCGGAUCACGGCCCACUCGAGCUGACGCGGCGCGCAAAGGUAUGCGUGUGGGAUGAUCUGGUGGAUGUGCCAGUCGCCGUUCCUAUGAGGGUGACAUCCUCCGAGAUGCGCCGACGCGCGGAAGAUGAUUUCCAGAAGGGCAUCGAAGAAGAGAUGGACAUUGGCGCCGCAAACUCGACAUCACCAUCCGCGGCUGACCUGCUCGGCAUGUCCAGCCCCGCCACUCAGAUGCCCAACGCCGGCAGAUUUGAGCUAUCGGGCAACGUCACCGACACAGCGCUAGACGCCGAGACGCCAUCGAUAGAAGACUCGUUGAUCCUCAACAGCGAACACACGGCAGCAUCGUCGCCAACGCGGGCGACCAAGGACCGUCCGGCACUGCUGCCGCGUGCGCUGGCAGGUGGGGCCAGCUUCCCCGGACCACACCGGUCCAAUUCCAUCAUCAAUAUCUCAACGCCCCGGCGGGAGCGCAGAUACUCGUACGCGACGGCCAUCGGGCGGCGGAACAGCCACACGAUCUACCAGCAGUUGCACGGGUACGGCGGCAGCGGGCCGAGGUAUGAUGACGACGACGUGUCGGGCGACCUCGGCUAUGCGGCCGCCGAGGGCAUGGAGGGGAACCAGCGGAAGGUCAUUGUAGAGAGGCUGGAACCCGUCAAGGCGAGGAAUCCUGUCUUUACGUGGUGUUGA